AUGGAUCUAGUGGACAACCUUAUGGAAGAUGAAGCUGAGAAACAACAUCUACUUUCUAAACCAACCUGCUUCCUUGUCGUUGGAAGACCGGGGGUUGGCAAAUCCACCCUGGCCAAAGACAUUGCAGAUACCUGGGGAUGUAUACUAAUUGAUGACACGAAUCUGAUCAACUUCCACAUCAGAACUCGAACAGAGGAUGGUGUUAAGCUUUUGAAUAUCUUAAAUGCGGGGGAAAGUGUACCAGAAGAGAUGAUUCUGCAGCUCAUACUUGACAUGCUAAACUCAGAAAAAGUCCAGCACUACGGCUACGUGUUGAGCUGCCUGCCGUUCAUCUCUGAAGAGAACGUGGCAGUCGACCAGCAAAUUGAGAUCAUCAGGAACCUGAAGCUCAAACCUGACUUCAUCAUCAACAUCAAGUGUGCAGACAAGGAUCUGGUCCAGAGGCUGUCGGGUCAAAAGCAGCACCCGGAGACAGGCGUCAUGUACAGUCAAGACAGGUGGAAGCGUGACGGUGACUUUCAUGUCAUGGGAUUUUUAGAUAAGACAGAUGAGGACCUGGAAGACUCUGAGUUAGAGGAUGAAGAUGAGGAUGAAGAUAGUGAAGAGGACCAAACCCCAAAGAUCACGGUUGACCAGAUGGUGUGGGUCCCGGAAUAUAAUUCCAAAAAUACGUCCCUUAGAAUCAACACGUACAAGGACACCAUCCUCAAGCCACUGGAGGACUACAUGAUGGACCAUAACCCUAUAUACCUUUUUGAAUUGGAUGGAAGCAACAAACCUGAAGAGUUGCUCUUGUUUGUGUUGUCACGUCUGAGUUCGAUGGCAAUACAGCGUGUCUCCAUACCAGUCGUCCUAUAUCAAAGCAGAGAACUGCCUGACGAUAUCGAAACGGAAGACCUAUUGAGGUUCAUGUCCUCCUCCAGGAUGAUGGUGCCCGGCUGCAGGUGGAGGAGGAGCCGCUGGGGUCGAAGUUGUCCCGUUGCUCUGAAGGAAGGAAGGUUCAUCCCUGGAAAACCAGAAUAUUCUGUAGGCUUCCAGGACAAACUGUACAUCCUUUCCUCCCAAGAGGCCUUCGAUAAGUUUAUGACCAACCCCAGACGCUACCUGCUCCCUCCGAUGCCCAGCCCCCCUUGCAGGGUUUGCAUCAUCGGGAUCCAGAAAUCGGGGAGGAGCGCCCUGGCCAAACUUUUGGCUGAGCGGCACAAAGUUUCGGUGCUGGAAUUGGAGAAACUGGCGGCGCCUCUGCUGGGUCAGUUGGAGCAGGAUAGGACUGAAAAACUGAAAGUGGAGUGCUUGGAGGCCGCCAUAGAGAAAAUUAAGUUGAAGCAGCAAAGCGAGGAGACUUCUGCUGACAUUCCUGUUAUGGAGGUGACAGAGGAUCAUCCCGAAGUGCAAGCCCUGUUGCAGAGUACCUUCAAUGAGGCCAAAAAUUCGAGCGACACAAGCAAGGAAGUGUUUUCUCUCGCUGUGGAGAAGAUUAUAACCAAAAAUGAAGAAUCAAACGCGGAAGCCAAGCUCGGCAGUGGCUGGGUGCUUGAUAACUUUCCCAGGAAUGUCUCCCAAUUGGAAUCAUUAGAACGAGCCGGAAUCUAUCCAGAUUUUCUCUUCUGUCUCAUGUGCAGUGAUGAGAACAAGACUGACAGUGCUGAACAACCAGACAAAAGUGAAGUAAAGACUUCUACAGAUACAGAAGAGCAGAAAGCUGAAAAGGUCCAGUUUAUGAGAGAAUGGGAGGGUAUGCAGUUGUCUCUAAGCAUCAGCCACUCAGUACUGGAGACGGGCAACCGGGGCCCUGAGGAACUUCUUGAAGAGAUUGUCCAGCUCAUGGAGAAACCUUUCAAGUACGUGCCCAGAGAGUUUUCAGCAGUGGACCUGGAUGAGGAGACGGAAGACAUUGAAGCCAUGGCUGAACUGGACGAUGAUGACGACGACAGCCUUUCCAAGGAUACGGAAGACGAGGAGGAGGAUGAAGAAUCGGACUCCUCAGGGGACGCAACAUCCAAGAGGUCCUUUGGUGAAACCUUUAAUUUCUGCCCGGUGGUGCUCCAAAAGCAAAAUGCACUGAUACCCUGUACGGAUGAGAUAGCCGGCAAGUAUCGAGAGAAGGUCUACUAUUUCUCCAGCCCGGAAGCCAGGGAGGACUUCCUUCAGGAUCCUGAGCAGUUUGUCGCAAGUACUGAGAUUCUAAAGCCUCCUGCCUUGCGGAUCUUUUUGCUCGGUUGCAGAGGCUCGGGCAAGACUACUCAAGGUGAGUGGCUUGCCAAAAAACUCGGCCUCUUUCAUAUUCAGUUCAGGGAGCAGCUUCAAAUGAUCCUUAUGGCAAAGACCAAGCAGCGGGUUGUUAGUGCCGACGAGUCGAUGGAGGAGCACCUCCAGGUCGCCAAGGAUACCGUCAAAGAAGCCCUCGGGGAGGAGGAUGUCGAAACCAACGAGCAGGAAGUGGAAUUGACUGAUGAGGAAAUUAGUAUUAAAGCCUACUUGGCUGAUGACAUUCCACUGAGUCAACAUAUUCUAGAAAAAGUCAUUACUCCAUACUGGAAAGAGGAGCCAUAUAUGUCUACAGGUUUUAUCCUGGAGGGUUUCCCUCACAACACUGAUGACGUGCAGCACGUGUUGCAGAAUCAGCUGUUCCCCGACGUUGUGGUCACCAUGAUGGCGGAGGUAACCGACAUUCAGGCGCGUCUGUUGCCGGAAUUUUGGAGGAGGUGGCGAGAGCACUGCAACCAACGGGAAGCUUUGUUUAACAUCGUACGCGAAAUAAACCGCAAGAUUCGGGAGGAGAGCAUGGCGAAGAGGAGGGCAGAACUAAUGGAGGAGAAAUUAGCUACUUCGGGGGACACAGCCAAAUUUACGUGUCGAGACGAAGACGAGGAGGACGAAGAGUCAAACAUCGAGGAUGAGAUAGAGGCUAUCCUGGAGGAUGAGUUUCCCUUGGAUAGGGAUGACGAAUUCAUGGAUGACGAGGAGACGACAGAGGCAACUGACGACAGGCUGAACCUGGAGAUCGAAGAACGCUACGUGUCCGACACAAACAACAUGGCUUCGGUGUUGGAACUUCUGGCUGAACUAAACAUUCCCAAAAUAUCUAUAAAUGCGGGACGUAAGACGCCACUCGUUCGGCGUCAGCUCCUCCUGAAAGUGGAGCCUCUGCACACCAACAGGGACUCGCUCUUCCAAAAAUGCCAACCCAUCUCAUACAUGUUGUCGCAGAAGCUCCUCCUCUACUCUUACAAGUUUCAUAGUGCCUUUGGCUGCCUGGACCCCGUGAAGCGCUACAAUGAGGGUGAUAUCAUCCAGCCUGUGCAGUGGCCUCUUGAUAGAGCUUAUCCUGUGCUCCUCAAUCAGUAUAUCUAUUUUUUGGAGUCUAAGAAGAACCAACAAACAUUCAUGCUCAACCCUUUAAAGUACCUCAGGCAGUCAAAGCCCUCCCCUACUCUUCCUGUUAAAAUGGCCAUUAUUGGACCCCCAAAAUCAGGGAAAACCGGCGUGGCAAAAAUGUUUGCCCAGAAAUACGGCUUGGACCUGCUCUCCAUCGGUGGCGUCAUGCGUCGGGUUCUCGACACCCAGGAGCACAGCGAUUUGGCCAUGCAGAUGAAAGAGCACCUCCACCGGGGCCUUGCUGUGCCUGAUGAACUGGCCACCCAGUGCCUGGAGAAGGUGCUCAUGAGCCUGGUCUGCUGCACCCAAGGUUAUGUGCUGGAUGGCUUUCCCUUGACAAUGAAGCAAGCAGAGCUAAUGCAGUCUCACAGUAUCAUCCCCAUGAUCAUAGUCGAGAUGGAGCUGGAGACAGUGGAGGUCCUCAAGAGAGGCCUUACUGGCAAGAUGGAGGAGAACAAGCCCCACUUGAUGCACGACAGUGCAGAGAUCAUCCACAUCCGCAACACCUGUUACACUCAAGAGGUGGAGAAGCUGAGACAACACUUCCAGCAACAAUACGAUAAUUGGAUCCUGCUUGAUGGUCUCAAGAGCAAGUGGUACAUCUGGGAGACCCUUAUUAAAAAGAUCAGCACCAGCAUGAUUUACAUCCACACCUACCUGCAAAGGACCCGAAGCGGACAAGCUGGAUGCAUCAACAAGCUGUGCGUUACGCCCAAGGAGUUUCAGCAACAGCUUGGCGAGUUUGGCCAGUACUGCCCUGUUUGCUUGGCUCUGAAUAACCACCUAGUGGACUGCUCAGAAACUGCAUCCCUUAUGCAUGCAGCUGAAUACAAGAGACACUACUUCAAGAUGUGUGACGCAAACCAUUUGGAGAUAUUCCUCGCUACUCCAGAUCAGUUUGUCAGCCCCGGCUGCCCACGCCCCCUCCCAGAACCACAUCUGCUGCCAAAAAAGUUGACUGACACCGAUGUGAAGGACAGAUUCCCGCAGCAGUUUGAGAUGAAGGGCUUCUGCCCCGUCACUUAUUUGGAUGGAAAGCUGAGGUAUGAAGCUUUGGUGCGUGGAAGUGUUGACUGUGCGGUGGAAUACAGAGAACGCAUCUACGCUUGCGAGACAAAGCAAAAACAGUACAAGUUUUUGAGGGCUCCAGAACACUACUGGGACUUGCAGUUGCCCACUAAGGUUCCCCCUCUGUGUGAGCCUAUCCCCCUCACUUUACUUCCCACAUUGGGCUACAUGGAACAGGGUGUGUCAGUGGCAGUCAUCAAGGCCAUGACAGCUGUUGGAUGCUUGAAACCAAAGUUUCCCUUCUAUAGUAUGGAAAGAUCAGCUCUCCACUAUGUGGCGUUCUAUAUGAAAGCAUUCAACCAUCGCAGCACAGAGCACAUUCGCCAGAUGUACAAAAAGCAGUUGGCCUCAUUUGAGGAGAAUUGCGCACUCAUCCCCUACCUGAGCGCAACGAUGAAAGUGCCGUACAAGUUCCCCAGUGAACGCCCCAUUGACUUUGAGUUCAAACUGAACAAGUUCCUCGCCUUGCGUGACUCACCUGAAGACGAAACCGAGCUCUAGUCUACUGUCUAUUUUGGAAAUCUAGUCCCCGACUGUUUCCCUAAAUGAAGAGGUGAAUGAUGUGUGUUGUCAUCAGCAUUUCACAUUAAAAUACUGUAACAUUCAUAUAUUUAAGA